GAACUGCCUGGGAAGCCUGUUCCGUCAGUUCCACAACUGCCUCCUGAUUGUAACAUUCUAUGAGCUAGCCCAGUGCCAACAGCUUGGUGCCAGUCAUGACAUGCAAUAGUGUACUCCAACACAGCAGAACAGUCAGCGUACUAUAUCCGAGCAGCAGGAGAUCAAGCAAGAGAAUCUAGCACUUGCUGGUCACCAGACAACUGGGCGAGACGAUCAUGGUUAACACCGGAAGUCAGCUUGCAUGAGACUUUCUUGCUCAAGUUUCCAUUCAUCAAUUCCUUUAGUGCACAGGUGAUGCUGACUGCUGCUCCACUCAGGACGUUAUUGGCAAUGAGUGACGAGGAGCUGCUGACAACAUGCCCUUGGAUACCAAAAGAAGUCACAAAGGCGUUCUUCUCAGCAGUAAAUUUUCAACUUGAUGGUAACAGUGGAUUCAUUGAUGUUGAUGAAGCAGACCCGCAGCAACCAGCAGCUGAAGGUCAUCCCCUCAAAAAGAUCACGAAUACCACCAUGACGAGUGCCCAAAUGGCGCAUGCCGCAAAUGCGCCCAGGGUCUGGAAAGGAGCUAGUGCUACAUUGGAUACUGAGCAUGUUGGGCCAGCAGGCACACUACAACGGGGCAAUGGAAGUAGCCAUGAAGUCAAAGCUUUCCCACGUCCUAUACCAACCGAUAGAGUGAGUGACGGAAAUAACGAGGACAUUGAUGGCAAGCAACCCCCAAAGGACUCAACCGGGGCAAGUGACGACUUGCAAUUACCUGAUUUCCCAGACGGAACAUCUCCUUAUGAUUAUGGUGAAUCCAGUGCACAUAGCAGAUAUGGAGAAUGUAAUGACCAUGCCUGCAAUCAAGUUUCCAGUAUGCCACUUUGUUCAUCAGAGGUGAAUCAGAAGCAUACACAAGCGCCGGUUCAGGAUGAUCCAUUUUCUUGGAAAGGCCACAUGAGAGGUCAUACAGCACCUCUGGCUUACCCUGUCAGUCAGCAGCAACAGCAAUCCAGGUCAGACCGGGCUAUUCCCAGUGCACUGGGUAGAAUUGGUCAGUUACCAAUCAACAGUACUGAGACACACGUUUGGUCAGGAUUGUCUUCAAGUCCAGAACGGCGUAGGGCAAAGCGAUGUGGUGUUGAGAUGAGGGACCACAUGAGCCUACUGUCAUCCAAGCAACACAUGUACGACGCUGAGUCAAUGGAUGUCUCUGGGAAACGGCGAAGAGCCACAGCACCUCUGCGUGUUGGUCAUCAGUUCUCCAUCAGUACGCUUCGUGUAAAGAGUGCAGAUAAUAUUCAAGAUGAUCAGACUUUCCUUACGUCCAUGAUGCGCAAUGGAGAUAGGUGGUCAUCACGGCAUAUUCAGAGUGGAAAUGGCAACGAUCAUCGGGCUAUGAAUCAGCUGGACGCUGGACCCAGGCAAGCAGUACGAAGUAGCUACUUUGACGAACACUUUGAGAAAAUGGCCACUGUUCAGUCUGACCUUCCCUCCUGUGAAGUAGAGCCUGAGGAUGUUGGUGCUUUCAAUGAACAGCAUGCCGAAAAGUCGGUGUCAAAAUGCAAUGUUGGUCAUAGUGCCAAGAGGAAGCCAGUGUGGACAGAGCCUCAUGUGGACGAGUGCAAUGAGAUGGAAGGCCCAGCUAGAAGAUAUACCUCCUGGUGCAGUUCAUCCACUGCAUCAUCUACCAGCACUGGCAGGUCACUGUCGUACGAAGCUGUCCCGUCACUUCCAGGCGGACAAACGCGGCUGGUUGUGCAGCGGGACACAGUGGGAAGUCCAAAACAGGCCCUAGCCUAAUAACAAUGGUCCCACUAGUGAGGAAAUGCUGUAUAUCUGUGCAUAAGGAUCAGUGAGUGUAACAGCAACUAGUAGGGAAAGAGAAAUCAAACCACUAACAGAGAAAAGGAAAGAAAAGUACGGUCUUGUACCGCAGUCAUACGACGUAUAGGCCAAAGUAAAUGUGUCAUGCAACUCCAUUCAUCUGCGAACGUAUACAUUAUUUCGUGCUGUUCACCCUGUGACGCCAUGGCAUGUCAGAACCAGCUCCGUUAACAUUGCGCUACUUCUUGCCUGAUUGCUCCAUAUUGUUAGUUUUUCGGUGCAGCAAUGCUCCCUGGGGUGAAUGGACCGUUUCCAUUUAGUACGCAUGCCUAUGUUUCUGUUUUUGUGUGAGCCACGUCAAACACAUACUUGGAUUUGGUCCUGCGUGCCUUGUUCAGUUCCAAACCAGGGCUUAGACAUAGGAGAGCUUGCUGUGAAGUGUUAUACAGAUACGUCAAGCAUUGUUGUUUAUGUCUAAAUACUCGUAGCAAGCACCCAAGAUCUAAACUGGUGGUUCUGCCCAGGCUAUUCAAUUUGUUUCUUGUUUUCUGUAAUACUUGUAUUUGUAAGCUGGUGGCACACUAGUGUGUGCUAUGCCUAAUUCCAGGACAAAGCAUCUUUAUCCAAUCAGUUCCCCAUCUUUUCUCUGCUGGCAUGUACU